GGUAUUUCCUGUUUGGUCCCUGUGUUUUGCUGCGCCUUUUACUUUCUGUUGCAUGUCCUGUUAGCACACCUGUUCCUUGUUUAAUUUACUUGUAGUUAGUUCCACCCGAGUCUCUCCUUCAGGGUCGGAUCGUUCUUGCUCUUCCUUUCAAGAUCAACACCUCCUUUUGUGGCAGCAGAGAGGAGGAGGAGGAGGAGGAGCAGCAGCGUGCAAAUAAGUGAGGCGGGACGUGCGGCAUGAAUGAAUGAAUGCAUGAAUAAGACACGCAGCCAGCAUCCGACAUAAAGCAUCACUGGACGAGAAGGAGGUUGACCAACUUCUCGGUUUAUGGCCACACCCUUCUACUGUCCAGCUUGUUGUGCACAAAGAGGAUAUACGCGGAAGAAGUCAUCACCCGUGCCUUGCUGACCACCUUCAGCAUCCAUCAUGGCCUGGAUCGCCUUGCUGUGCACUGUGGCCCUCAGUAACGUGGCCCCGUCCUCGCAAGCCCUGAGCCGCUCGAUGAUGCCCUUUGGCUUGAUGCGGCGGGAGCUGGCGUGCGAAGGCUACCCCAUCGAGCUGCGCUGCCCCGGCAGCGACGUCAUCAUGAUCGAGACGGCCAACUACGGACGCACCGACGACAAGAUCUGCGACGCCGACCCCUUCCAGAUGGAGAACGUGCAGUGUUACCUUCCUGACGCCGUCAAGAUCAUGUCUCAGAGGUGUAACAACCGCACCCAGUGUGUGGUGGUGGCAGGCUCCGACGUCUUCCCAGACCCAUGCCCUGGGACUUACAAGUACUUGGAGAUCCAGUAUGAGUGUGUACCUUACAUCUUUGUGUGUCCGGGGACGCUGCUCCGAGUGCAGGCGCCCAGCUCUUUGCAGGAGGCGGAGCACCAGGCGGGGGCGUGGUGCAAGGACCCGCUUCAGUCCGGGGACCGCUUCUACGUCAUGCCCUGGACCCCCUACCGCACCGACAUGCUGUUUGAGUACGCCUCCUGGGAGGACUUCAAACAGAGCCGAGUCACCACCACCUACAAGUUGCCAAACCGAGUGGACGGCACGGGCUUCGUGGUGUACGACGGCGCCGUGUUCUACAACAAGGAGCGCACGCGCAACAUCGUCAAGUACGACCUGCGCACGCGCAUCAAGAGCGGCGAGGCCAUCGUCUCCAACGCCAACUACCACGACACCUCGCCGUAUCGCUGGGGCGGCAAGUCCGACAUCGACCUGGCGGUGGACGAGAACGGCCUGUGGGUGAUCUACGCCACCGAGUCCAACAACGGGCGGCUGGUGGUCAGCCAGGUAAAUCCGUACACGCUGCGCUUCGAGGGCACCUGGGAGACGAGCUUCGACAAGCGGCUGGCGUCCAACGCCUUCAUGGCGUGCGGCGUGCUCUACGCCGUGCGCUCGGUCUACCAGGACGACGACAGCGAGGCGGGCGGAGACCUGCUGAUGUACGCCUACAACACCAACCACGGCCGCGAGGAGGCCGUCAACAUCGCCUUCCCCAACCCGUACCAGUACAUCUCCUCGGUGGACUACAACCCCCGGGACAACCAGCUCUACGUGUGGAACAACUACAACGUGCUGCGCUACCCGCUGGAGUUCGGACCGCCGGACCUCACCACGGGUCCUCUGACCACCACACAAGUGACCACCACUCUCCCGGCUCGGUCCUUCACCUCCAGCACCAGCCCCUCCACAACUCGCCCCGUGGCCCCCACGCUCCGCCCGGUCAGCUCUGUCAACAACAACAACCACCACCACCAGCACCCCAGCCCCGACCUUCGAGCCAUCACGGCCACCGUGCCCAUCACCCGCUGGACCCCCCAGUCCUCGCAGGGCCCCCACGCCUGCGAAACCAAGCUGGUGCGCGGCGUCCAGUGGCCCACCACCCUGAGAGGGGAGACGGUGGACCGGCCGUGUCCCAAAGGAUCUCUCGGCAUCGCUUCCUUCCAGUGUUUGGCCGAGAAGGUGGCGUGGAACCCGCGUGGUCCUGACCUCAGCAACUGCACUUCCCCGUGGGUCAACCAGGUGGCCCAGAAGAUAAAGAGCGGAGAAAACGCCGCCAACAUCGCCAUGGAGCUGGCCAACCACACGCGAGGGCGGGUCCAGGCGGGGGACAUCAGCUCGUCGGUGCGACUGAUCGAGCAGCUGCUGGACAUCCUGGACGCCCAGCUGCAGUCCCUCAGGCCCGGCAACAAGGAGUCGGCGACACGCAACUACAACAAGGUGCGCACACGCUGCAAAAAGUCAGUGUUCAAAAACUAAGAAAAAAAAAAUACAAAAAUGAGGGGUAUUUUAAUUGAACUUAGCAAAAUGAUCUGCCAAUAGAACAAGAAAAUUUGGCUUGUCAAGACUUUCCAAAACAAGUCAAAUUAGCUAACCUCAAUGAACCCCAAAAUAGCUUAAAAUAAGUAUAUUCUCACUAAUAACAAGUGCACUUUUCUUGGUAGAAAAAACA